AUGGCUCUCCAAAGGCAUCAAGACCUGCUCACCUUCACCUUCUCUUCCACCAACCCCCCAUCAUCAUCAUCAGACGAGACUCCCAUCUUCAUCGACGCCGAGAACCCCUCCCGCUUCCUGAGUGCUGCCCGGUGCAGGCUCCUGGUUCGUUCGCUCAUCGCUGGCUUACGGGCUCAUGGCGUGCAGGCCGGGGAGACCGUAUUGGUUCAUCUGGGAAAUAGCUUCAUCUACCCCGCUCUGUUCUUUGCCAUUGUCGGCGCUGGAGGCGUGUACAUGGGCGUGAACCCGUCGAGCGCGCCCAACGAACUCAGACACCUGCUUUUCCUCGCUCAGCCGCGGCUGAUCAUCACCACCAGCACGGCACUAGCCGAUGUGCUAGAGGUUGCCGCCGACCAGGGCCUUCUUCCCGGGCAGGUUUGCGUGCUGGACGUCGAUCUGCUUUGGCAGAGUUGUCGUUCCCCGUCACAUGGAUGCCGCCUUGCCGGCGGCCAGCCAUCACACCAAGUCGACGAUCAGAUCGCCCUGAUCACGGCUUCUCAUGGCGCUCUGCAUUGCUCUGCUCUGCUCUCGCACGGCGAAGCUGACUGGGUCGUCUUCCAUGACAAGGAGAGAGCCACUGCCACCCCGGCCGCCCUGUUCGCCACCAGCGGCACGGGGGGGUUGCCCAAGGCCGCCGUGCUCUCCCAUGCGGCGAUUAUCGCCCAACAUCUCUCCAUCCGCUAUGAGGCCCCCUACCGCGUCACCCGCCUGCUCUCGCUGCCCUUCUUCCAUCUCUAUUCCGCCCUGUGGGCUCACAUCGCUCCCGUCCGGUACGGCGAGCCCCUGUUCGUGCUUCCCCGCUUCGAUCUGAAGCAGUUCCUCGCCGCCCUGCACCACUACCACAUCACAGAGACCUAUCUCGUCCCCGCCAUGGUCCACGCAAUCAACCGUCACGCCACUACUACUACUACUACUACUACCACUACUGCUGCUGCUGCUGCUGCUGCUGUUGUCACCACCAAUUCCCUGUCACCGCCGGUCUCUUCCCUUUUAGCCUCCCUACGCUAUGUCGGCGUCGCGGGAGCCCCCAUCGACGCCAAGGCCAUUAACCAGUUCGCCCAGCACCUGCAGCGGCACGCUUGCGUCGGCCAGCUCUGGGGUAUGACCGAGGCCGGCAUCGCCUUCCAAACUCGCUACGGCCAGCAGGGUCAUCCCGGAAGCAUCGGAUACCUCCUGCCUGGCUACGAGGUCAAGCUGAUCAACAGCGACGGCUGGCUGGUCCUCGACGACAAUGUCCCUGGCGAACUGUACGUGCGUGGUCCGGGCCUCCUCUCGGGUUAUAGGGGGGCAGACAUUGACCAGGCCACCGACCCGUUCGGCUGGUUUCGAACCGGCGAUGUCGUCUACGUCAAGCACGGCCUGUACUACGUGAUUGGGCGUACUAAAGAGCUCAUCAAAGUGAGGGGCUGGCAAGUCGCACCCGCCGAAGUCGAGGCCGUCCUCCUCCAACACCCACUCAUCGACGAUGUCGCCGUGAUAGGCGUGAUGAGCACCGACGGAACCACCGAGCUGCCACGCGCGUUUGUUGUACGCUCGCGAACCGCCCCCGCCGCGGCUCAGCUGACGGCAGCCGAUGUGUACGUAUUUGCACGGCGGCAGCUGGCUCGCUACAAGGCCAUCAAGGGCGGGGUCAUCUUUGUCGAGGAAAUCCCGCGCACGCCCAGUGGCAAGAUCCAGCGGUUCAAGCUCACGCAGAUGAAUGCCUACCGCGAGAUGGUGGCUUCCCUGCUGACCCAAUGGGAGGGCUCGUCGCCCGAGCCGGGAUCGUCCCCGGCAUCACCGUUGCAGCCAGCGACUCCGUGUAACCUUUUACCCAUGACAGCACGCACGAACUACUAGCCCGGCUCGCAGCAAGGCUAUGCGGGUUCGAUAAUCAUGAUGACGAAUGACGAAUUACGAGAUAGACCAAGAAUUUGACCUGCUUCGUCUAGAAUUCAAUUCUCAGCAGUCCUACUCCGUAGUUACCACUCCCUAGUCUACAUGCAGGGUUCCAAUUGUCGCUCCACCAGAUCAGCGAAUACAAAGAAUGAAGUCAACUAGUAACCACGAACUAGCAGUAGCUACUCUCUAGUACGAACUGUGGAGUCCGAAC